GGAGAAACCACCAAGUCUUCAUUACGCAAUCAGCUGGGAAACAAGCAUGGGUGAAGUUUCUCCACAAUCCAUCAACGACCCGCUAGUCGCCGAGCCAACGCCAACAAAGGAAGAAGCAGCAGCAGCAGCGCCAUCGUCACAACACCAGCCAGACCAAGAUGUGUACGUUCCGAUCCAAGACUCGCCGCAGUCGCGCAUGUCUGAAAGCAAUCGUGAGAACGGACUGUCGCGCCGCACGCUGUCUCGGUCUAGCACACGGUCGUACCGCGCAUCUCGUCGGUCAACGUCCCGCGUCCGACUGAGUCGAUUGGAAUCGAUGCUGCAUGAAGAACACUCAAAGGCGCUCGUGCCGUCCGCCGUCCUCUGGGUCACCGUCGGCAUCGCGCUCAUAGGCGCGUUUCAAUUCGGCUGGCUCUUAUCCCAACUCAACUACAAACAGUUCAAUGCCAAGUGCUCAGCCCCUGUCAUUCAAAAGGGUAACUGCCUCGUGUUUCCUGGUCACUCGUCGACAGAAUGGACCAUGGCCGUCACGUCUUGGAUUGUCGGCGGGGCCAUCGGUGCCAUGGCCAGCGGGUACCCCGCCGACAAGUACGGCCGCAAGCGCACGUUGUUCCUCAACGCUCUCGUCAUGAUCGUCGGCGCCGCGGUUCAAGUGAUGUCCACUGACAUCUACACGUUUUCAAUCGGGCGGGUGAUCUCGGGCAUCGCGUCCGGCGCCGCCAUCAACGUGUGCAACGUGCUCAUCAGUGAGAUUUCCCCGUGUCAAAUGCGCGGGAUGUUCUCCACUGGGCUCCAAGUGGGCGUGGCUGUCGGGUCGUUGGCGGUCACGACGGCGCACUACGCGCUCAACGCAGAAGCGUACGCGUGGCGCAUCCUCGUGGGAUUUCCGGCCGUCCUGGGGGGUCUGCAGGUGCUCCUGAUGCCGUUCGUGACGCUCAGUCCGGUGUGGCUGGUCGCGCACGGCCACAUCGACGACGCCGGCGUUGAACUCACGCGGCUGUAUCGGCCCACCAACACCCAAGCCAUCUUGAACGCGCUCGUGGCAGCCCACGAAGAAGAACGCAAGGAAUCGUCCGGCGUAAACCCGUGGAAAACCAUGUUCUCGUCGAAGUACCGCAAGCAGCUUGUGAUUGCGAUUGUACUGUGCUCGGCCCAGCAAUUGUGCGGGAUCAACGCCGUCAUGUACUACUCCAGCAGCAUCUUCGCGUCCGCCGGCGUCGACGAUCCCCGCGUCGGCAACACCAUCGUCAACGUCGUGCGCACGUCCAUGAUCAUUCUGGCGGCGUACGUAAUGGACAAGUUCCACCGCCGCACGCUGCUCAUGGGCGGCAUGUCCGUGAUGGCCGUCGCCGCCGUCGGCAUCAUGCUAUCGCUGUCGUAUCAGAAUGCGAUCGUGUCUGUCGUGUCCACCGGGCUAUUUGUCGGUGCGUUCUGCUUGAGCAUUGGGCCCAUGGGGUGGAUGGUCUCGUCCGAGAUCUUCCCCGACUUUCUGCAUGCGAACGCAGGCUCGAUCGGGACCAUGUUCACGUGGCUUGGCAAUUUCAUCGUGGGGGUGCUCUACCCGACGCUGUCGGCCCCCGACAGCCUCGGCGCAUACGCGUUCUCAAUCUUUGUGGCGCUGCUUGUGGGCUUUGUGCUGUUUGUGUGCAUCGUGGUUCCUGAAACCGGUCACAAGACGUACGUGGAAAUCCAGGAAUCGUUUGGCAUCCACGAACACCACGACGUGGACGUCGAUGUUGACGAAGACCCGUGGGCUUGCGACGAUGACGAGCUGCCCAAAAAGCCAUUCUAGUCGUUUUCAGGAUAAUAAUAUGUAAAAAACACACAUGAAUUACAAACUGCCCU